GUAAUAGCUCAAUGUUAUCUCUAAAAAUCCCUUGUUGUAUCUCAAUAGUCAUCUCUCGCGUUUCUACGAAUUCUAUUUCCCAGCACAACAAUCGCGAUAAUCCUCGAAGUUUUGGCCCAAAGACAUCUAAGCUUAAGAUUAAUCGUUGAUAUCAUCAUGCCACAAAAACUUUCAGCCGGAGAAAUAGUUAAGAAGGCAUUUGAGAGGUCUUCAGCCCAUGAGAGCCUCAUUGAGAAACUAGGAGUGGAUGUGAUAUUAGUCAUACUCGAGCAUGCUGAUUUUUCGUCCCCUGUUAAUCUGGCACUUACUGGGCCGGUACUAUAUACGCUAGUACUCAAAAACGAGGCCAGGAUAGCAAAGAUAGCAGUGGGAACACUAGCUAAUACCAUCGGCGACCGUCUCAUGCCAUUUGCAAUAGCCCUGCAUGAGCUGAGAGCGCUUGGAGAACAAUCGCCUCGAUCUUACAGAGAGGACUACUAUAAACCCUCUGAUCCUGAGGCGGUGCAGCCUGUCGUCCAGAUCUUAGACCGGCACAUAGGGCCCGGUAAGCGCGCCAAUGGUCGCCUUUACCAGGGCAUCGACACGUUCGGCGUGGUUGCUGAAUACCGGAGGUUCGACAACAUCGUAAAAAAAUGGACAAACCUUCUAGCCCCAAAAAUCUUAGAAAACAUAAUGGAACGUUGUCCAAGGAGGCCUGAAGGGGAUGCACAGCUGACGAACACGGAAACCCUGCGGAUUCACAAGGCUCUCUACAUUUACGAGUUGGCGCGGACUGCUUUCCCCUGGAUGACUCCGGAAAGGGGCGGCCAUGGUGAAGCUUGGGGGAGACUCUGCGCUCGGGUUUCCCCCUGGGAAAUGGAACAGACGCGGAACCUUCAACCGCUCCUCCUAGGUCAACUAACACCUGCUAUCAAAAAACAGCUGCGCAUUGCUGCGUACCAGAAUCAUGUAGAGAACAAAGUUAGCUACUUUUAUUCAUUUCUUCUAGCCCGCGAUUUGGAAACCCUGCUCAGCAUGCAUAGCCAGAGCAAAAGUGGCGAGGUUGAAGCCCAAGUUUGGAAACACCGUCUUCGAAUGCCGGCGCUCAUGCGAGUUAUGAACCCUCGUAUUUUCCCCUUUACUGCGGUCGACGAAGCCGACACGUUCUUCGAGGACAAUGAACAAGACUGCACUAAUCUCGACGCCACGAAUAUCUUCCUCAGAUAUCCCGAGGAAGAUAUCGGGCCGAAAGCAUGGUGGUAUUACCAGUUCCUCUCUGUACACCUCAACCUUGGAGAAGGACGAUGGCAGCGCGAGGUGUUCUAUAGGUGUCGAGUAUGUAUGCCUUUCGUCGGCUAUGCGUUCUGCGACUAUGCGACCCUUUGUGAGGCUAUGUAUCCCGCUCCAAGCUUGCAACAACCUGAUUCCUUGGUGGCUCAGAUUCGAGGAACUUCUCGCAGCCGAACAGAGGUUCAGGAGAAAGCUAGGGGGUGGGCCGGAGAUUCUCUUGCCUAUUGUCGGUGUAGUGAACACCACUAGAGAGUGGGCGGAUGAGGCCUUUAUGAACAAUGAGCGAGGUAAGACAUGUCGUGGGAACGAUAGGUCCGUUGAGGGUGGUUUGGCGAAGAACCGCUACUGCGUUGCCCUCUCGCGCGCCAACUUUGUGGAGAGGUGAUCACAGCGACCAAAUAGAAGAACUCUCUACACCUGGACACAAUUCCAAUCUGUUGAAUGUGGAAUGAAGAAAGUUCACACCAUCUCAAAUCAAAUCCAGUUGUUUCAAAGCGAAUUAUAUAACCUUAA